CGGAGACCGGGAGCGAACCGGGACAGGGGGGGAAACAAAGGGGAAAGGAGAGCGAUAGAGACAAAGGGAAGGGCUUGAGGAAAGCUGGCCAAGAGACCGAUGAACCAGGUCGUGUGGGGGCGGCCAAGGGUAAGGGGCUAAUAAGGGAGGGAGCAAGGAAGGGAAGGGGCAGUGAGAGCUAUUAGAAUAUGGAGUGAGGGGCGAGGAGAAAGCGAGAAGUGUUGCCGCGGAGACACAAGGGGAGAAGGAAGGACACAGAAGGGACGGCGAGGUGGGGAUGCGAGACGGCCAGACACUGAGAGAAGAAAGCGGGGCGGCCGCACAGGGACGGAUUGGGAGCGGGCAGGAAGGCCAGACAGCAGCCCUUUGCCACAACACGGAGAGGCAGGUAAAGGGGAGGUACACUGAGGGCUAGGGCAGAGACUCCUACCCACACACGGCCAGGCAGGGGCCCACUGAGCAGUAGGGAGAGGCCCAGAGAAGGCAAAGGGGAGACAUUCACUAAAGCAUGAAAUAGCAAAGAGACAUUGAGAGACAAUUCAGGGAUAUACUGACUGAGAGGCAUGCCCAGGAGAGACAGACUCAGAGGCUCAGGAAAGACUGAAUAGAAGGCAAACUGAAGGCCAGAGACAUAGGGAGUGAAGGCCAGAGACAUAGGGAGUGAAGGCCAGAGACAUAGGGAGUGAAGGCCAGAGACAUAGGGAGUGGAGGCCAGAGACAUAGGGAGUGGAGGCCAGAGACAUAGGGAGUGGAGGCCAGAGACAUAGGGAGUGGAGGCCAGAGACAUAGGGAGUGGAGGCCAGAGACAUAGGGAGUGAAGGCCAGAGACAUAGGGAGUGAAGGCCAGAGACAUAGGGAGUGAAGGCCAGAGACAUAGGGAGUGAAGGCCAGAGACAUAGGGAGUGAAGGCCAGAGACAUAGGGAGUGAAGGCCAGAGACAUAGGGAGUGAAGGCCAGAGACAUAGGGAGUGGAGGCCAGAGACAUAGGGAGUGGAGGCCAGAGACAUAGGGAGUGGAGGCCAGAGACAUAGGGAGUGGAGGCCAGAGACAUAGGGAGUGGAGGCCAGAGACAUAGGGAGUGGAGGCCAGAGACAUAGGGAGUGGAGGCCAGAGAGUGGUCAUGGAGAGAGGAAAGCAGGGAGGUGACUGUUAGAGGGGAAGAGACUCAAUAGAGGCAAGGGACCCCCCUACACACACAUAGACAUUCCAGCCUUUCCAUCACAUAGACAUUUCUCUUGUUUCCUCUUUAUUAAUCCAAUCAGUCACACAGGGGGGCUCCUGCAGUUGCCUCAGUCAGACUUCUCAGGGUUACUUACUGCAUCUAAGCCUGACACUGUGCAUCCCCCAUAGGGACCCUGUUGGGCACCCCUCCCUUUUUGACUCUUAUGCAAAGACUUGCUGUGUUUAGCAUUAACCCUUUGUAAUCAACCGAUUCCCAACUUCCUCAGGCCCCUCUGGGUCGCCAGUCAUUUAUUUCUUUCUCAGGCAUCUUUGUAGCCAAGCUUUCUGGAGUCACCAGUUGGCUUGUAGCAGUUCAGGCUUGUAGCAGUUAUCCCCACAGUCUAAGUUUUAUGUAACUGGGGCCUAUAUAGUCUUUAGCGUUUAACGUUUUCACAGAUAGCAGGGUAUAUAGAAGUAGAUCUUUGCCAGUCAGGCUGUAGUACAGGGGUUGUUGCUGGUUCGCUAUGCUUUACCCUGGUGGAUAAGCCUACAAAGAGCCACAUGGAGGCUCCGUCCCAUAUAUCUGGAGCCAGGCCUGGGCAUCGUGUCCAAAGAAGGCGCUCCAAAGCUCAGAGAGACCGACAACGAGGACCUUCCCCUGCUAAUUCUUCUUCUUCAACAAGCCCUGCCCCUGAGCUUUGGCCCCGCCCUCAGCGCAAGAGGAGGAAGAGAAGGGGUGCCGACAAUGUCAAUUUUAAAGAAGACGAUUUGAUCGAUGGAUUUUGUAUCAGCAGCUAUGGGAGCCUGGAGGCUAUGCAGAGGGAUUUCUCGGCAAACUCUGCACCCCACGAGGAGCCAUACAGAAAACGACCUCCCGGGAAAAGAAAAAGAAGCGACGAAGCCAGCUCGGAGGAUCCAGGUGCCAGUGGCCCCGAGAACAGAGUUGCCGCAUACAAGGGCCCAAGGGAUUGCAAAGGCCUUAAAGAUCAGAAGAGAAACUGGCCAGCACAUAAUGCUCAGGAAGGAUGUGCGCAGCAUGUAGGCCCCCCGGGGGUCAUAAGUCAGGACUGUCUCCACUGCUGUCUGGAUACUGGCUAUAUUUGUGAUGCAGAGAGUAGCUGUGAUGAGCAAACUCCCAGAGAUGAUCUGGCCCUGUCAUUUACUAUUUCUACGAGCACAGCUUCUGUGUCGCUCUCUGGGGGGCGUCCCAAGCUAUCUGUUCUCUGUGAGAUUUCUGGAUUGGGCAGAAGUUGUGAGAGGAGCCAAGAGCCGGAGUGUGAGCCUUUGCUACCCCAGCUGUGCCCAACUCCCUUACCCCCACGCACGCCCCUCCCCCCACCUAAGCCCCCACCCAGUACGACUCCCAAAGCACAGCCUGCACCUGCAGUGCCUGCACCUACUGUUGGUUUGGAUCUAGGCAUGAACAGUUCCAGCAGAUGCACCUUCACCAAACCGUUGUCAGUUCCCCGGAUGUCUCCGCGCCCCCCAACACCAUCCCGUUCUUUGCCGGGCCAUUCUGCUCCACAGGGUUUCUCCUCUGCUUUGCGCCCUCAGACCCAUCAUCACUUGAGCUUAUUUGCCCCUGCUCCUGCCCCAGCCCUUCCUCCCCCACCUCCACUUCUGCAGGUUACUGGGCACCCAGCUUCUGCUGUCACUACUGUGCUAUCUGCAGAACACAACGUGAUUGGUCAGGAAAUGGGUUCCCGGUUCGUGGCUGCACCUGGAGCUGGAGCGGAGCUGAGUGCGGCUGUCAGACCCAUGUACCAAUUCCACCAGCACAACCACCAACAUACGCACCAGCACACGCACCAGCACUUCACUCCCUUCCCUCCUGCUGUGGCAUCAGCUACUUUUGAGAAGUAUCCGGGUAAAAUUGAAAGUCUGUACAGGCAGAAUUUUUUCCAGCCCUUUUCACCAGUUAUCACUGCACUCCCCCCUGUUCUACCUCCUAGUGUCUCCUUUGGCUCCCUGCAGGGGGCAUUUCAGCCCAAGAGCACAAGUUCUGAGCUGGCCUCAAGAUGCUCUGUGCCCCCCUCUUUGCCUCAUAAAGCUCCUCAGCUCACAGAUCAGUUUAGGCCGAGGAGGUCGGGGCGCUGGUGUGCAAUGCAUGUUCGUCUGGCUUACAUGAUCCUGCGGCACCAGGAGAGAAUUAAGCUCGCACAUGGCACUCCCCACAAGCCACCCUUCCGGAGUGAUCUCCUCUCCUGUCUCCCUGCAGGACUCAGUUCUCUGCCAUCCUCACAUGAACUGGCACGAACCUCUUCCCUCUUCACCGGCUCCCCUGGACAUUUUCAGGUCUCUCCUCAAGCUGCAGCCCCCUUUCUUCCCCCUUCUGGACCUGUGGAUCCAUUCAUAAGGACGUCUGGGUUUUCUCCUCUGGCUGCCCUUAAUAAUGGUGCAUUUGGAGGACUAGGGAACCCAUCGUACAAUCCUCCCACAAUGUUUAACCGGAAGGAUGGCCCUGCAAUUCAGGGCUUUCCCAACCCCCAUGACCCAUGGAAUCGGCUCCACCGCACACCUCCAUCUUUUCCGACAGCACCGCCUCAGAUUUGUGCCAAGCCUGAUCUGGAUGCACAUUCUGUGCCACUGAUGAAGAAUGAGAAGGAUCGGGAUCUUUUCUGCCGCCUGGCACCACAUAUCUCCCCUCUGACCUCCAGCCAGCGCCUCCCUGGUGGGGAGGAGCGUGGGCCGUCGCGUACAGUCUCUCCGUACAUGGCAGCAAGGCAUGGAAGCAGUUCUGACAUCAAGCCUCGCCUGACGCCUGAUCACUCCAAGGUGAAGGUGAAGGAGGAACCCGAGGUGCUGACAUUUGAAGUGGGGCGCUCUCCUGUGCCUGGGCUACACUUGUCCCAUCCGUCUCCCCCCUUUGAGAGGCUUCGUGGCCCCUUCCUGGGUGAGCAGUUUCCUCACGCAUUGGAGCCCUGGAGAGAUGUCUACCGAAGAGUGGAUCCCCAGCCCCUCCGUCUUCCUUCAGUGUCCCCCCGCCUUUACGAAAGAGAGGAGCGGGCGCAUAUCUUGCGAGAGGACUUUGAACGUGCCCACAUGUAUGGCUUGCCCCCUCAUCAUGCCGCCAUGCAGCCUUCAGCAGCGUCCAUGCUCGGUGCUCUCUACCCUCACCCCGCCUCUGGGCUGCUCAGCAAGACUCCUCCCAUUAACUUGCUGAGUGCCCCACCCCCUCUCAUCUCCACCUCACGACCGGGGUCUCCCCACCACAGGGACCUGUACAAAGAGAGAGACUCAAGAUAGAACUUUCAUCUUCAUCUAGGAGGGGGUGUCUUGUAAAUAUUUAUAUAUUACACCCUGAUGCCCUCCCAACCUUGACCUAUCCCCCACCCUAACCCUGGGCUUUUGUACAUUUUUAUGGUUAUAAUGUGAUUUUAAGCACUGUGCUAUCCCCUCCUUAAUCCCUUCCAGGAUUCAGUGUGUGUGGGCCAGUUGCAGAGCCGAGUGACCUUGCACCACAUUGUGCUGUCAAAGUGCAGAUCGCUCUGUCUGUUACAUCAAUAAAACCUCUCUUUAUUCCCCUGA